GGUGUCAAUCGGGCAUUUCAUUUAAAGUUUUCACAUUUCGAACGUUAUAAUUCGAAAUUGAAACGUGUCAGUGAUAAAUUUCGAACGUUAGAGUUCGGAUAGGAUUCGAAAUUUAAAUGCGUUCGAAAUAGUGAGGUGUUCCAAAAUGAAGUUAUGGUGUGUGUUUUGUUUAUUUUUGGUUGGCUUGGAAGUUGGACUAGUGGACGGUUUAAAAGCUUCGCAGAAGGGUGUUUGUGUGUCGAAGCAUACUGUGACAAAGACAAGACCAAAGACAAUACUUGUGCCGACGGGGAAGUGGUGUGGCGCUAAAAGAUGCACCGUCAAACAGACGCGCAAGCAGAAAUACACCGUAGUAACCAACCAGCUAAUGUGCUGUAAAGGCUACGUCUACACCAGCAGCACCGACUCCUGCGCACCCGUCUGCAGCACGGGCUGCGUCAACGGCACCUGCGUAGAUCCCGACGUAUGCCAGUGCGCCGCGCCUCGCUACCUCGACCCUAAUACUAGAAACAAAUGCCUCACACCUACAUGCGAUCAUGUCUGUGUAAAUGGCUUUUGCUCUGUGAAUAACACUUGUGUGUGUAAUGAAAACUAUACUUCUUACAACGCAACGCAUUGCGCGGUAAACUGCGCAGAAGGGUUUGAAAUUGAUGCUUCUUUAAAUUGUGUUCUCAAGUGCGAAGCGCCUUUAUACCGCCUUAAAGACAAAUGCCUAACGCCUGCAUGCGAUCAUCCAUGUGUGAAUGGCUUUUGCUCAGUGAAUAACACUUGUGUGUGUAAAGAUGGUUAUACAGCCUUCAACGCAACACAUUGUGCGGUUAACUGUACAGAUCAGUUGGACUAUUUAAGUUGUGCUUCUAAAUCUACACUUUAUAGUGUGUGUGAUCAUGGAUAUAGACUUAAUAAAGGUAAAUGUGUACCAGUGUGUGAACCUCCUUGUGUCAAUGGAAUAUGUGUAGCACCGAACGUGUGUGAGUGUGAUAAAACACUUGUAAAGAAGAAUGGGAGAGUGUGUCAAGAAAAACAACAUGGUUGCGGAGAGUGCAGAGCUGAUGGGACUUGCUUGAUGACGACCAAUGAAUCCGGAACGAGAUCCGAAGAGACAGAAACGGAGCUAAUAUGCUGCGAUUUGUACAAUUGGGACGACGAUACAGAAGCCUGCGUACCAGACUGUGAACACGGAUGCAUAAAUGGAAUAUGUAUCGCUCCGAAUCAGUGCGUGUGCGCACCUCCGAUGAUUCUGCACAACAGUACCACCCCUAACAUCUGCUUACACCCCGUCUGUGACCAACCUUGUAUUAACGGAAACUGUACAGCUGACAACCAAUGUACUUGCAAUAAAGGCUUCACGCCAAUAGAUUUACACACCUGUGUUCCCCACUGUACCAACUGCACUAACGGUGAUUGCGUCAGUCCGAAUGUCUGCAACUGUCAUAAAGGGUAUACUAGGAAAAAUGGUCAAUGUAUGCCUCAUUGCAAAAGUGAUUGCAGAAAUGGAUACUGCUCGGAACCUGAUAAAUGCAUUUGUAAUGAUGGAUACGAAUUAAAAGGUGAUAAUUGCGAGCCUAUUUGUGACACACCUUGCCAAAAUGGCAACUGUAUAGCACCAAACACUUGUGAAUGUAAACUGGGAUAUAAACCAAAGAAUGGCCAUAAAGAAAUAUGCAUACCUAAAUGCAGUAGCGAUUGUAACAAUGGAUACUGCGCUGAACCUGAUAAAUGCACUUGUAAUGAAGGAUAUGAAUUACGAGGUAAUAAAUGUCAGCCUGUUUGUAAAAAAACUUGCCAAAAUGGCGACUGCAUAGCACCUAAUAAAUGUGAAUGUAAAAAAGGUUUUGAACCUAAGAAUGGACAUAAUGAAAUAUGCAUACCUAAAUGCAGUACCGAUUGUAACAAUGGAUAUUGCUCAGAACCUGGGAAAUGCACUUGCAAUGAAGGAUAUGCAUUACGGGAUGGUAAAUGUCAGCCUGUUUGUAAGAAAUCCUGCCAAAAUGGCGACUGCGUAGCACCAAAUAAGUGUGAAUGUAAAAAAGGUUUUGAACCUAAGAAUGGACAUAGAGAAAUAUGCAUACCUAAAUGUAGUAGUGAUUGUAGCAAUGGAUACUGCUCUGAACCUGGUAAAUGUACUUGUAACAAUGGAUAUGAAUUACGAGAUCAUAAAUGUCAGCCUAUUUGCAAGAAACCUUGCCAAAAUGGUUUCUGUACAUCACCGAACAUCUGUAAAUGUAAAAAAGGAUAUGAACCUAAAAAUGGACAUAAAGAAAUAUGCAUACCUAAAUGCAGUAGCGAUUGCAGCAAUGGAUACUGCUCAGAACCUAAUAAGUGCACUUGUAACGAUGGAUACGAGUUCAAAAAUAACAAAUGUGAGCCAAUUUGUCAAAAAUCGUGUACAAAUGGAAUCUGCGUAGCGCCAAAUAAAUGCAAAUGUUUAAAAGGAUUUGAGAAAGCUGGAGAUACUUGCUCGCCUAAAUGCGAUUUGUGUACUAAUGGAUCUUGCACAGGACCUAACAAAUGUGAAUGCAACAAAGGUUAUGAACAUACAGAUAAAGGUUGCGUUCCGAUAUGCGAGAAAACUUGCAUUAACGGCUAUUGUUCCGCUCCAAAUGAAUGCAGCUGCAAUACUGGUUUCACUCAAGAUACAUUAAAUUCUUCGGUCUGUCGCAAAGAUUGCGGUCCUGACAUGGAUUUGAUCAAUGAAACCUGUGUUGUAUCACGUAAACCAAGUCCCGAAAUGUCAUCGGGAACUACGACCACUACGGGACUGGCGAGUAUGCAGAUGACCUGGAUCGUAGGAGGAGCAGUACUUCUAUUGCUGGUCGUUCUAGUACUGGUGGUCAUAAGCCGCCUCUACGCUAGAAAAUUACCACAGAAGACACCUGCUGACGAUGGUCACUACGGCAGCGUAGCGUACACCGUCCCGAACACUUUAUUCCGAAAAGACGAUCUCAUCGAGGAAGAGGAAACGAGCGAUACUCUCUUGGACAAAGGAACCAGUGUUGUUUAGUUAUUCAAUAGUUUUAAAUCAGCCAUACUCACUUAUAUUAUGAGGGCAACAAAGACUGUUUUGCCUUGUGGUAGCCCCGGGCCGCAAGACGGAAGGCAAGGAUGGCUAGGGUCACUUGGCGGGCUACUUAAAGGGCUGCAGGUUGAGUAACUUCAAUAUUGCUGUUUUAAAUACUUACAAAUGUACAUGUUGCGAAAAGUUAAAAAAAAAUCUACGAAAAUUAGUAUAAAUUUACAAGAUAUAAAGGAAGAUUUUGUUUUUGAAAUGUGACUUUACCCAAUUUGUGUUCCGCACAAAACUUUAUUUACGGAACACUUAUGGGAUCAUUUCGGUCUUGCAAAUCGGUUAAAUGCGUUUUUUGAAUUCUAAAAGGCAAUUAUUGAAAUUUUCCGUUGGCAUGACGUUCUACACAAUUGUAAAGCAAGGCCCAGGAAUAUCAGUACUGGCUAAUAAUACUUAUAUAAGUAGAUAAUAUGAUAAAAGAUCUUGAAAAUGCUAGCUUUUGGUAAAAUAUGAAUGUAUUUUAUAAUCUAACAAAUAAAAUGUAAAAAUAUGAGGGUAGAUUAUUGGCAGGUACUGUAAGAUGAAGAGAUUAACGAAAAACGCAACGAGCGAGAUAGUGAUAAAUCUUAAUUAUUGUUCUUGUUUUGGCAAGUAGCUGCGAUAGUUUAAAAAAAUAUUCCUGAUAGGUACAGUACAACUUGUUUUAACAUAUGCACUCACCAAAGGAAUACCGAUAAUCUCCUCACAUUAAUCAUAUUUACCUAAAUACUUAUAUUUAGUAUUACGGAAGGUGGAGAUAAGGAACGAAAUCUCCAUGUACCAAAAAGUGUCAUCAAAAAACUUUAAAUAGGUGGCGCUACAAUACCUAGAGUAUUUGAACAAAAAAAUCAAAUCAUAGACAGCGCAAUUCACUCCGUCAAUAACGCCUAGGUUCUUAGCUACUUUGGAGAGAUUUGGAACUAUUAUUUAUAGCUGCCAGCUGGACACUUUUGCAACAGUUCUACCAUAAGAGAUGCCACUCCUCUUAAUUCCACACUCCAUAAUUUAGUAUAGCGGCGUAUUGUCGAAGUUUUUGUAGUCAACUUUUACUGCCAUCUUUCGGCACAUGACUAAAACUCUUAGAAUGACAUAUGGCUAUUUGACCCAUGUUCUUUCAUUGAUAUGUGUUAAAUAUCAAACGGUGUCGCCAUCUACUCAAGUAUAGGCCAAAGGUAUAUCGCCAUCUUUUUUGUCUUCUGUAAUCCAGCAUUUUGUCUUGAUUUUUCGAGGCACGUUUUCUUCUUAUUUCUUAGACUUCCGUUCUCAUCUUCACUAUUUAUUAAAAUAGUACCUGCGUACUUUUGUUAUUAACUUACGUGCAAAUAUUUAUUUAAGGUGAUUGGAAUUGAAACAAAAUGUUGUAGAUAGUAGUUCAAAGUAGUUACUUACAUAAUAUGAAGCAAUGAUUAUAAAAGGUAUUAUUUAAUAAAUAAAAUGUAAUUUCGA